AAUUUGUUUGUCGUGUAACGAAAUUCCAUGGGCUGAUGAGCCAAGUUGGCCAAGUUCGACGAAGCAUGGCGAAGUGUGAGGAUCUGUAUGUCGGGCUCCACGAUCUCGUAAUCGUUAAACCGUUCGUUAGAGAUAAAUGGAAAGAGAGGAGAAAAUACAAGGGAAUAGAAAUUUCUUGGAGUGACCACGUGUUCACUCGUAUUUAUGAGUAUGGUAGCUUGUUCACGUGGAUCUAUGCAAUCGUUGAUUAUUCUGAUACGAAUGCUGAUAAUAACUGUGAUAGCAAGAUAGAUACUAUAUCCAGGAAUUCCAGGAUGCAAGAGUACUGUGAUAUCAAGAUUGAUACUUAUGUAGGAUAUAGAAGCACUAUCAAGAUUGACAUAAUCUUAAGUAGAGAACAGUGAUAUCAAGAUAGAUACUAUUAAUACUUCAUAUCUGUUAGCAUAUAUUUAUUAAAUAUUAUACUCUAUAUUUAUUAUAAUUUAUUUAAGAAUGGAUUGUGAAAAGGUGUAUUUGUAUUUAUUUAAAUAUAAACUAUUAAAAAAUAAUUUUUAUUAUGCGAGGAAUAAGACACACUCUUGGUUAACCAAGAUAUUUUAAAGUUAGAUAUAAAUAUAAAUUCGAUAAUUAAUACAAUUUUGUCAAAUUUUAAAGAAGCAAGCAAGUAGAAAUUUAUAUUAUAACUGAAUAUGUUUAUAGCUUAAUAAAUAUUCCUACAAUAAAAA